GGUGAGUUACUGUGGCUGAGGGGUGAUAUGGGCUAACCGAUAGAGCUCAUGUUCCAGCUAUUAUAAGCCUCUGUUAAGCUUCACAUGAAGUAUUGUGUGCAGUUCUGGUCACCUCAUUACAGGAACGAUUCGGAGAUUUUGGUCCACGUAACAAGAUUUCUCAGACAAAACUAGCUCGUCUUUUGUUGCUCCUGAACAUCUCUUUAUCAACGAUGGCCAUAAGUUCACUUGAACUUGAAAGGACAUUGGGGACGACUGAACAAUGGUGCGCUCCCUCGGAUACGGGAACGAUGAGAUGUUUGUGUUCAAGUCUGUGGAGUUUGCAAAAUGUCGACUGGUGAAGCUAGUUGUCAACUUCCUUUUUUACUUCAGAAUUGAUGAGGAGGAGCCUGUCGGUGCCUUGUUACUUGAGCAGUGCAGAAUCCAAAAGGAAGAUGACACUGGCUUCUCACUAGUAUUUGUGGAUGAGCCGGAAAGAAAAUAUUCAUUUACAUGUGAAACUAAAGAUGAAUGUGAGGAGUGGAUUGAAGCUUUGACGAAAGCUAGCUACGAGUACAUGCGGCAAAGUUUAAUAUUUUACCGAAAUGAAAUUCAAAAAAUAACUGGAAAAGAUCCACUGGAACAGUAUGGAAUUUCAGAAGAAAUAAGAUUUCAAACCAGAUCGUAGAAACUGUUGAAAAGGUGCAGUGAUUUCUGAUGAUUCUGUUGGACCUGCUACAUUGACCAACUUUAUCGGGGUUUUCCUCUUUCUGACGUUCCUAGGUUAUUUUUAGUAGAAGUGAACUCGUGCAUGUAAGGAUGGGGUAGUGGAGAGAAAGGGUUGGUGUCUGAGUGAUUAUAAUAGUCAUUCACUGUAAAUGAUUUGAAUUGGGUAUAUUUAUAUUUUGUACUAGCUUUUUUGUGAUGUUUGCAUGUAGAUACUUUGGGAUUUCCUGGAUGUAGCUUGCAGUAUCUAAUAGACUGUAACUGUGAACUUCAAGUAUUUCUGUUGGUUGGAAUAAAACAUUAAUGAUGGAACUAUUACAUUGUGA